AUGCUUGGUGCGCUCCCAGUCCUCCUACUUCUCCCGGUAGGCCUUGCAGGCAACACAUACUCCCAACCAACAAAGGAGACCAAUACAAAUACAACUUAUCACAAUAAUGCCGGUGUCCUCAAAUUUGUCAACCCCCUCAUUGGCACCUAUGGAACAACACCGAAUGGCAACGGCGGCAUGAUCCCAUCCGUCAGUCCCCCUUCGACCCGCGAGAAUUUCAUCUCACAAGUACCCUACGGUGACAGCGAUCGUCUUAUUCAUGGAUUCCAGGCAACACAUCAACCGGCAAUUUGGAUGGGCGAGGCGGGUCAAGUCGUAUUGACACCAGGAAUCGGUGAAGUCCAGCCACUGUUCCAGAAUAGAGGUUUGCAGUUCCGGAAGAAGAAUGAGAGGAGUACGCCGUAUGUUUAUGAGGUCCUGGUUGAUGCUGCCCAGCUUUUGGGACGUAACUGGAAUGCGACGGCGGAGGCUGUGGGCGAUGGGCCUGUUCCCGGUGGUGCGGGUUCUGUCCCAGAUGAUGUCAAAGAUGGCGCCAAUGGCCGGACGCGAAAACGGCAGGUCGAGUCUGUAUUGAGUAGUCCAGAUGACGGUGACUAUGAUCAGUCCAUUCAGAUUGCCAUGUCUGCAGAUUCUCAUGUGGGCCAUCUUCGAUUCGACUUUCAAUACAGCAAUACAUAUGUUCAUGGUGAGAAUCAGCCUUGGGUAUUCAUUCAAGCGUCACGUCGGAAUUGGACAGGCGAGGUUCAUAUUGAUGAGAAGAGUCGGGAGGUCUACGGAUAUAACACUGAGCGUCAGGAUUACCUACUCGGACCGGACAAAGCACCAUCGUUCAAGGGGUACUUUGUUUCCCGCUUUUCUGAGCCGUUUGUUGAAUUUGGCGUUACGAAUGGAGGUGAAGUAAUUAAAGAUGAAGCCCAGCGACACGGAAACUUCACUGGUGCAUACGUGAAAUUUGCCCACUCAACAUCGCGUGUCGAAGUGCGCACUGGUGUUUCGUACAUCAGCGUCGCACAAGCAAGAAGGAACCUCGAGAUCCAGACUCCAGAUGAGCACAGCUUCGAGGAUACCAUUGAGAAACUGAAGUCAGCCUGGCUCGAAAAAUUAGGCAGGGUAUCCAUUGAGGGCGUCAGCAAGACUGAUCGGAAUAAUGAUCCUCGCACUAUCUGGUAUACCGGCUUGUUCCAUGCACUUCAGUAUCCUAGUGACUUUUCUGAGCCAACGUCAAAGGAAGAUAGCUCCCUGCGCACUUUCUACUCAGGUUAUACCGAUAGUGUUCACACUGAGCGCGACUCAUACUACCAAUCCUGGUCAAUUUGGGAUACAUACAGAGCGGAGCACUCACUCUUGACCCUAUUCGCGCCGGAACGGGUAAACAGCAUGAUGCGCUCGCUACUACGCAUCUUUGACUGGUCCGGUUGGCUGCCGAUGUGGGCCAAUUUGAUUGAGACAAAUAUCAUGAUUGCGACCAAUGCAGACGUGGUCCUUGCAAACGCUCUAGAGCGAGGAUUUAGGGGGUUCGAUAUUGGCAAGGCUUGGAGAGCCGUCAAGAAGGAUGCAUAUACCCCCCUGAUCACGACACCGAUACUCUGUACUAUGACCCAAGGCUGGGUAUCGAAUGACGGCUGGUCUGAGGCUGGUAGCCGCACGUUGGAUUACGCAUUCAAUGAUUACGCCUGUUCGGUUGUUGCUGCCCAUUCGGGAGAGGACGACGCCACCGUGCAAGCCCUUGAGAAGCGAAGCAGAAACUACGCGUAUCUUUGGAACAACAAAACUCAAUUCAUGCAAUCUCGCAAUGGGAAUGGGAGUUGGGCAGAUGCCACCUUUGGAUGGACGGAAGGAGAUGACUGGGUGUACACGUUUGACGUGAUGCAUGAUGUGAAAGGACUAGCUGAGCUUUUUGGUGGCCGUCAAGCCUUCCGCGAAAAAUUGGAUGCGCAUUUCCAGGGUGGUCACAAUGACCAUACUAACGAGCCAAGCCACCAUGGACAUUGCUUGGGCCAACUACAAUGCCACCAGUGGUGGGCUCGGGGGAAUGAAGACUUGGGACAGAUGAGUGCUUGGUAUGUCUUCUCCGCAUUAGGAUUCUAUCCCGUCAACCCUGCCAGUGAUGCGUAUAUUGUUGGCACACCGUUCUUUGAGGAGGUCUCUAUCCGCCUACCUAGUGAAGCGAGAACAGGUGGAAAGGUUGCGAAUGGCCGAGAGCGGACACUCAUAAUUAGCGCCCCAGGGGCACCUACCAAGCCGUAUAUUGGCGGUCUAAGGGUUGAUGGGAAGCGUAUCAAUGUUCCGACUUUGAAACACAGCCAAGUUGUGAAUGCGGCAAGAAUUGAGUUUGAGAUGAGUGCUACGCCCACUUCGUGGGGAUGUCGCCCCUUGUGGGAAUCUUGA